AUGGACAGCAUUUAUAGAAGUGAUGCAGUUGAGCUUCCUAUAAAAUUCAUUCCUCGGUAUGCUGGUUGCUACCACUGUCAGAUUCUUCUGAAGUCCUCCUGCGAUGUUCGUGUCUAUGAGAUUGAAUGUGUAGUGAAUACAGACCAUGCUGAAGCAGAGCUUGAAUUUCUAACUCCAGCUUACCAGGCAGUGGUUCAGGAUAUUCCAAUAAGUAACAUGUCCAGCCAGGACUGGAAACUUGAAGCAAUUUUGGAAGGACAGGGUUUUUAUGGCCCUCCUCUAAUAAAUGUGGGUUCAGGUGAAACAGCUCUGUACCCUCUCAUGUUCAAGCCUAUUGCUGAGUGCAUAACAACGGGAAAGCUUAUUCUGCGAAAUGAUACAGCUGGCACUGAAAACAUCUUUAGCCUUAAGGGAAUAGGGAAGAAACCUCUGGCACAGGAUCAUAUUGUGAUAGAUUGCCAAGUGAGAAAGGUCACUCGAAAAAUUUUAUGGGUGCCCAAUUAUACCAAAAACAAGUUAACGUACAAGGUAUCUUCGGAUCUUUCAAUGGUGGGUGGUGCACCUGUUAUUACUGUAGAACCAGAUGAUACAGUCGCUUAUACUUUGAGUGUAUCUCCGUGGAGACGAGGAAUCUUUCAAGGUGUAAUUUCAUUUGUUGCUGAAGAUGGAGACCAACAGCAGUCUCGACAUAACAGCUCACCAGAGAAGACAGAUGGUGAACAGGCCCUUCAGAAAUUGUCAACAGAGACACGACAAACUGUUGAUGCAGCAAACAUGGGUAUGUUUGUUAUUAUGGAAAAGUUCAUUGAUACUAUUGGAAUUCAUAUUCCCAUCACUAAUCCUGCAGAUAAAAUUCUCCAGCUGAGUGUGGUGCUGGAGAAUCAGUCACUUUGUGGACAAACGGCUUUCACUCUUAGGCCCAAACAAACAUUUUUGUAUCAACUAAAGUUUUCCCCAGCUGUUGUUGGCACUUCAGAUGGAAGUGUCAUAUUCCUGUCAGAUAUGGUUGGAGAGUUUUGGUAUGCACUGAAGUUGACUGUGGAGAAACCACUGCCAACUAGUCUACCUGAAAUAGAAUGUGAGCUUGGAAAAUGGGCUCGUCUUUACAUACCUCUCCUUAAUCCUACACAUGAAACUCUGGAGCUUGAAAUUGUUAACAGCAAUCCUAGCAAUUUUUCAACUGAGACUGAUCCAAAACACCCUCUUAAAGAGUGGAUAUUUUACCUUUCGGGGACUGGUCUUCCUCCUCAGCUGAUGGAACCAACCAGCAUAAGCGCAUGCAUUGGCCAGCGUUCUUCUGUCAUCAUAUCCUUCAAAAAUCCAACUCCUGAAAACGUCGUGGUAGAUGUCAUGCUGACAGAUCAGGAGCAGCCCAGUUGUCAUCUCAGUGCAUCUGUCCGAUCCUUGUCCACCAGUAAGGAAUCUGUUUUCCAUCUUCUGCUUAAACAACCACAAGGAACCCGAUUAGCUCCAAAAGAAAAACUGGACAUCCCAGUGUUAUUCAUGCCAGAUACAAUGAAAAUGUAUGAGGCUGUGGUGGUAAUUCAUGUAAUGAGGGAAAAUGGUGAAAACUGGCCUUAUGAGGAUUCUGCUGCGUUAAAUAAAGGCUUAAAGAGUGUUACUGUAGCAGAGAAUGGGGGAAUUCAGGGAAUACUCUGGAUCUAUCCGGUUCAUGGAAUACCUGAAGCACCGCAGCAGAAAUUAGUUCCAGCUGUGGUACGCUGUCGAGCUAGGCAGAGAGUAGAAAGAAGAGUAGAAGUGCUGCUGACUGGUGUAGUUCCUGGUGCAAAUGCUAUGCCUGCCACAAGAAAUUCUGCCAUGGUCAAUACAAAUAAGCCAGCCAACAUCCAAGAAGAAGUUCAAGUCACUGAUGGUUUCUCUACAACAGUGGAAUUGCUGUAUGAAUUACAAUAUCAAUCAAAUGAAACUAAAUCUCAGCUUGGAGCUUUGGUUGGUAUGCAUCUGAUUCAAAGAGAACGGGAUACAGAAUCUGGAAUCAUAACACUGAUCUUUAAUAUAGUAUUUGCACCUAACAAACCAAUGAGGAACGAAGCAACUCUUGUAGUACAGUGCACUACAGGAGGUGUUUGGAAGUUUCCAAUGCUGUUCAUUGCUACGGAGCCAGAAGUGGAUGAUGUCAUCAACAUUGAAGCAGUUGGCCUACAUAAGGAAUCUAUAGUUGGCUUUAAGCUUACAAGCCAGACAAGGAACACAGAGCGAUUCACUGCGCACUUCCUGGCGGGCAGCGAUCCCGAGUUCCUUGUGCGGCCGCAAGCUGGAGAACUUCUUCCAGCAGGCACUGUGGGAACCCAUAUAACGGUGGGAUUCAAGCCAAGGAUGUACGGCAAGAAGCAUACGGCAACACUUGUAAUUCAGGCCAACUCUGCUUGGCGUAUGGACAUGCCCAGCAGCAAAGCAGAAGCAGAGCUCUCAAACUGGAACGAGCAAAUGGGCCACAAACCGGUUAUGUUGGAAGUCAGAUUGUUAACUAAGUGCUUCAGGGAAAAACUCUCGAGCUUUGAGGUUGACUGUUGCACUGAUUUCCAGAUUGAUCUGAGAACACAAUCAAUGCAGUGGACGUAUGAAAUCAAUGGACUGCCUCCACAGACCGUACCACCUACAAGGCCAGCAAAAGUCAUUUCUACUGGCAGUUACAUAAGAUCAGCCACAGUUCGGCAGCGCAAUUUUUUAUGUGAAAAUCUGAAACUUACAACCACUGCAGUGUCCUCACCAGUCAAGGGGGCACCUUUGGUCCCGAGGACAAAAUAG